AUGGAAAACAGACCAGAAGCCCUCAUUGAGGAGGAGUACAAGACGUGGCGCAAGAAUGUCAAAUACAUGUACGACUUGGUCUACACGCAGACACUGAAGUGGCCUAGUCCAACAGUCCAAUGGUUUCCGGAAGUGGAGAGAAAGAGCGACGCAACCACGUCACAGCGGAUUCUGCUUACGACCUUCACUGAUCAGAGGGAGCAGGAGCACGUUCUGAUUGGGCGAAUGGGAUUCCCGGACAUCGUGGACGAGGACGAGAAGGCCGGGGCCCAGAUCAACUUCGAUAUCGUCCAAUCGAUGCCAGUUCCAGCAGAAAUAAACAAGGCGAAAUACUGCCCAAUUUCAACAAAUCUGCUGGCGUGCAAGACGGAGGAGGCAGACGUCCUCGUCUACGACUACACGCGUCACGCCUCGUUCAACUCGGACGUGGCACCAGACGAGAGACUCCGUGGCCACUCCGAAGGCGGAUUCGCCCUGGACUGGAACAAAAUCAACUUCGGUCACCUCGUAACAGGGGGAAGAGACAAGGCCAUUUGCCACUUCGACAUCAAUUCGGGGCUGAUCAGGAAGUACGGCCACCAUUCAGAGGUGGUCAACGCGGUCUCGUGCAGCGCAUUCAACCCAGCCGUCUUUGCCUCGGUCUCAGACGACUGCUCCUUGGUCGUCGUUGACACGAGGAACGAGGAGGCGGCCGUGGUCGCCAGGAAGGCGCACGCCUCCUCAAUCGAGUUCGUCGACUUCUCCCCUUUCAGGGCCGAGCUCAUUGCAACCGCGUCAAGUGACAAGACAAUCAGAGUCUGGGACACCAGAAACACAAGGAGUCCAGUUGCAGUGCUACGAGGCCACAAGGGCGACGUGAUGACCGUGAAGUGGUCUCUCCACUACGAGUCGAUCUUGGCUUCUGGCUCAAAAGACAGGCGCAUAAACAUCUGGGAUUUGAACAAGAGCAACGCAGCCAGUGGAGAUGCGUCGAAUGAGUUGGUCUUCAUUCACGGUGGACACGCUAACACAGUCGCUGACUUCGACUGGAAUCCAGCAGAGCCAAUUGAGAUCGUCUCAGUCUGCGACUCCAAUUUCAUUCAUGUUUGGAAGAUCCCAAUUGAAGACUACAUUUAA